GUUGAGAAUCCUUCAAAUUUUGGAAGAAACAAAGGAAGAUGGCCACCUAGGUCAAAGGCAAGUGCGAAGAGUACUGAUGUUGAUGCAAUAGCUCAGCCACCUGUUUCUGCAUCUGCACAUAUAGAAACUUCAGGAAGGAAAUGGAAGUCACAUAUGAAGCAGCAAAAGGAACAAGACACUGCAGGAAAAGAUAUAGAUGGAGAACAAACUUUGAAGGACAUGGAUUCUUCACUGAGGUCUACUUCAAAGGCACCUAGUGUAGAUCAAGCCGAUUUUGAUGAUAGUGUUAAGCUAAGGUCUAGAAGGAAGCACCCUCUCAAGACAGAAGAUAUAUCUUAUACUCCUGAUAACAAAAAGAAACAGGAUGCAAGCCUGGUUGGUUCCAAGAUCAAAGUGUGGUGGCCGGAUGAUAAGGAGUUUUAUGAAGGCGUUGUCGAUUCAUAUGAUCCUGAUACAAAGAAACAUAUGGUUGCCUAUGAAGAUGGUGAAAUCAAGGUAUUGCUGCUGAUGGACGAGCGCUGGGAACACGUCGAAAGUGACUCAAGAAAAGAUGUGGGGAAACGGAAAGCCGAAGGGAAUGCAGAAAUUUCUCAGAGCAAGAAGGUGAAAGGCAGUUCGAGUACAACAUCAAAACAAUCCAAAUCGCAAGCGCAAUCUAAAAGUGGCAAGGAUUCAGGCAGCAAAGAUGUUUCAAGACCUAGAGGUAGACCGUGA